UGUCAUAUUCUUCUACUUAUAGUCACUCUAGCCAGCUUUAUUUUGAGAUUUGAGCUUGUCUUUUUCACAAAACCACUAUUUUUCAAGAAACCAAGUAACAAUCUUCAGCAGAAACAUGAAGAACAGUAGGAACCUACAUCAAAACCAAGAUGAAAAGAUUACUUUUUUCAAAAUUUUGAUCCGUGACUUCACCAAUGAAAUGAUGGUACCUUGUGCAUUUGUAACCAAGUACUGGAAAACCAUGCCUCGUACACUCACCUUGAAAUCUCACAACAUUGGCAAGUUUUACACAGUAGCAGUCAUCAGAAACCAUGAUGGUUCAUUUCUCAAGCAUGGUUGGCCAAAAUUUGUGGAAGAAAAUGAUUUAAAACUGGGAGAUUUCUUGGUUUUUAACCUUGUUGAUGUGUUAACUUUUGAAGUUUUGAUUUAUGGCCCAACUUGUCUGUUGAAGAAUAUUAAUUUAAGUAAUGAGAAUGAUGAAGAUGAUGGUCAUGUGGAUCAGACUAAGAACUUAAGUAACGGUUCUGUUUAUGAUGGUGAUGAUGAUGAAGAGGAGGAUCAACAGAAGAAUGGUGCCUCAAAAAUGGACUGUGCUGCUAAUUCCAUAGUCAAGAAUCGCGGUCGUCCGAAGAAAUCUCAAGUUUCUGCUACUCAAAUUGCUGAGAAGAACCCGAAUCUUUUCAAGGAGAGAACUGAAUUUGUUCUGAAAUACUAUCAGAAAUACAAUUUGACUCUACUCAAAGGCUUUGCUAAAAGCAGUGGCCUCACAAACUUGGCACGAACUGUUCUUCAGGAUCCUGCCGGAAGGUUAUGGCCAGUUGCAGUCAAGAUAUUGAGUGGUCACCAGGUUCAAUUAAGCUCUGGCUGGUCUGAUUUUUACCAAGCUAAUGGACUGGCUACAGGGGACACUGUGGUUCUCUUCUCCAAGCAAGGGUUUGGUGAACUCAUUCUCGUCGAGGUUCGUAAAGGAAGAGGCGAAGUUACGAGCACCAAACCGGGCGUUAAACUGAGUGCAUUGGCAGAGUUUGAAACUGGCAAUUAAAUCUCUGGUUCAAUUAUGAUGUUGGUAUUUUCGUUGUUUUAGUUGCUUCUCCCACAAGCUAUUGUGAUAGAAAUGAAAUUCUUGGGUGUUUUCUUAAGAUAUUAUGUGCUUUUAAUUUUUUGUUUAAACCAUCUUGGUUCUGAGUAUGAAUUAGUUUAUGAUGUUUUAGCUGGUUAAAAUGACUUAUGUAAUUGGACUUUAUUUGCUAUCAAUUUAUCUUAUUUAGAACUUUUUAAGAA